AUGAAAUUGGUAGCUGAGGUGUGGAGGUGGAGCGUGAGGCUGCUGACGACGAAGAUUUCGCCUCCUCAGCUCAACGGUGGGGGAAACAAGAGCGGGCUAUGGAGGUGGAGAUCUUUCCCGGGUCAGCCCAAGAGAACGGUAAUGUGGACAUCGGUUUGUGGGUUCAUGCUCUUCACCUUAGGUGUCAUCUCUCUCUUCACCGGUCACGUUGUCUCUCACCUCGAGUGGUAUUCUCAGCAACUAAGCAAAAGGAGCUUACUGGAUAUGAGCCGUAGGGAGCCAAUUGAUGUAUGGAAGUCGAAGUAUUCGAAGUUCUUCUAUGGAUGCAGUGAAAGAGGAAGGAACUUACCACCUGCUGUCCAGGACCACUCGUCUAAUGGUUAUUUGCUGAUUGCGGCUAGUGGAGGUCUGAACCAGCAAAGAACAGGAAUAACAGAUGCAGUAGUUGUAGCACGGAUUCUUAAUGCUACUUUAGUUGUACCUGAGUUGGAUCACCAUUCUUAUUGGAAAGAUGAUAGUGACUUUAAUGACAUUUUUGAUGUUAACUGGUUCAUCUCUUCCCUUACAAAAGAUGUGACUAUAGUAAAGAGAGUUCCUGACAGAGUCAUGCGCUCCAUGGAGAAGCCUCCUUAUACCAUGCGUGUCCCACGAAAGUCUACUCCUGAGUAUUAUCUCGACCAAGUUUUGCCAAUUCUCUCGAGAAGACAUGUUUUGCAAUUGACAAAGUUUGACUACAGACUAGCAAAUGAGCUAGACGAAGACAUGCAAAAGUUGCGCUGCAGGGUCAACUAUAAUGCUUUAAGAUUCACAAAGCGCAUACAAUCAGUUGGAAUGAAAGUGGUCAAGAGGAUGAGAAAGAUGGCCAAACGUUUUAUAGCUGUCCACUUGAGGUUUGAACCAGACAUGCUAGCCUUUUCUGGUUGUGACUUUGGCGGUGGCGAAAAAGAGCGAGCUGAGCUAGCAGAAAUAAGAAAACGAUGGGACACUUUGCCUGAUCUGGACCCUCUGGAGGAAAGAAAGCGUGGGAAAUGCCCUCUUACACCUCAUGAAGUGGGCUUAAUGCUGCGCGCUCUUGGUUUUGCUAACAACACAUACAUCUAUGUUGCCUCUGGAGAGAUAUAUGGUGGUGAGAAGACACUGAGACCACUCAGAGAUCUGUUUCCAAACUUUUACACCAAGGAAAUGCUUGCCAAUGAUGAGCUCAAGCCUUUGCUUCCCUUUUCUUCACGUCUUGCCGCUAUUGAUUACAUAGUCAGCGACGAAAGUGACGUAUUUAUCACUAAUAAUAAUGGAAACAUGGCCAAGAUUCUUGCUGGCCGAAGGAGGUACAUGGGGCAUAAGAGGACCAUAAGGCCUAAUGCAAAGAAGCUCAGUGCUUUGUUUAUGGACCGAGAGAAGAUGGAGUGGCACACUUUCGCUAAGAAAGUUAAAUCUUGUCAGCGAGGAUUCAUGGGUGAUCCUGAUGAGUUCAAACCAGGACGUGGUGAGUUCCAUGAGUACCCGCAGUCUUGCAUUUGUCAGAGACCCUUUUCUUACGACAAACACUCAACGGAGGAGGAUGAAGAAGAAGAUAUACUAGAAGAGGUGCACAACAACACCAGACCUGGAUAUGGUCAUUUGUCUUCAGCAGACAGUGAGCGGGACGAAGUUUUCCCUGAUUAGUAAAUUUGUUUUCAGCAGACAGUGCAGGUCGCUGGAUUUUACUGUUACCAGAAAAGUGGCAAUGUUGUUUCAGCUGUUGUAUGGAGAUUGAUCAAUCAACACAUGUAGAGGAGAAAGAGGUAUAGGAGCUUGCCAGGUAGUUGCUUGUUGCUUCAAGUGUUUAUAGAUACUUCUAUCGAAUAGGCAUACAUAGAACCCACCUCUCUCUCUUUCCUUCUGAUUUUGUGACACCACCUAAACUAUGUAUUGUCUUGUAUUUGUCUUAUGUUAUUACCUCAAAUCUAGGUUUUUUUUCUUUUUUUAAACCAGUUGUCUUUUUGUAUUCCCUAAUUGUAAAAUCAAGUUUUUUCCCUGAUGAGUUUUUUUGUUUGUAUUUCAUUUUAGAAUCAAAGAAAAAUUAUUUGGAUCUGUAA